AUGAUGCAGCCUUUCAGAACCAUUCUUCCCAACGACGCAGUUUUGACGGGACUGCAUAACAUUCCAGCCCGCUCAUCCAACGCUGGGGAACACCGCCCGCUUGUCAUUCUCCUCCAUGGAGGUACAUAUGACUCGCAAUACUUCGAUGUUGAUGCCAAAUACGGCGCUUCGUUUACCAGCAACGCCCUGGGAGUUCCAUGUGUGGCGCCUAAUCGUCCCGGUUACCAAGACUCAACGUCUUUCUAUCCCAUUCCAAGCCACUCGAAUUUUGCCCAGGAAUACGGUCGCUCGCUGCAUCGGAACAUUCUCCCAACGGUGUGGUCCGAAUUUGGGGAACCCCACGGGUGCAACUCCGUCGUCCUCUUAUGCCACAGCAUUGCCACUACGGGUGCGAUUAUAGCUGCCGGUUUGUAUGCAACCGAGUCGCAGCCGCGGUACCCACUGUGUGGGGUUAUUUGCUCUGGGUUUGGGACCCAGGAGGGCUGGAUGCCGAGCGAGCCGCUGCAAGAUGGAGAGGACAUUCCAGCUCUGUUUCUGCCGCCGGGAGUGAAAGACAAAAUGCUGCUUCAAGAAGGACUAGCUGAUCCAGCCGUCUAUGAACACAGCCACAGGCUGAAUCACAAGACGACCGUUGAAGAAUUCAAAUCUAUUCGUGACGUCUGGCAUCCAGGUUGGAGAGAACUGGCCGCCGCGGUCAAGGUGCCGGUGAUGUGGGCGCUCGCUGGCCGGGACACCGUUUGGAAGGCAAAUCAUGAACACUUGGCCGAGAUCGUUGGUGCCUUUACGCGCAGUGAGAGGGUUGAGGGCAGUAUCGUUCUAGGGGCACCACACAAUAUCGAACUGAGCUACUGGUCGCAUGGAUGGUACGCAAGGUGCUUCGGAUUUGCUUUGGAAUGCGCCGCUUCUUUUGCGAGGCCGAAAGCCUGA